ACUUCUGCCUCUCUUCUCGGGAGUCCCACUGCACCAUGGCCUGGCUCCUUUGCUUGGGGUGCAGUCUGCUGGUGGUCUCUGCACAGCAAGAUCCUGAACUCUUAGCCCAGGAUUUGGAAGAGGCUGGGAUUACGGAUUAUAACCUCAUUGACAAUGUUGCACGGAGAAUUCCAAGACAAACACGAUUUCUGCAGAGAUUGGAGACCAGACCCCGUAUGUCUGAAUUCUCAGUGAAAGCCACAAUAAUUUCUCGAUACGCAUUUACCACGGUCUCCUGCACUUUGGUGAAUACCGGCUCAGAAGCCAGAGAAGGCGUUUUUGAGAUGCAAAUACCCAUCACAGCUUUUGUCUCCAAUUUUACCAUGAUUAUUGGUGGCAAGAUUUAUUACGGGGAGGUUAUUGGCAAAGACUGGGUGCAUGCAGAUCAAGAAAUAUAUUCAAGACCCACAGAUGACAGAGAAAACCGAAUGGAGACAUUCAAAGCCUCUGGAUUAAUUCCCCGGAAGGUUGAAGCCACCUUCAUCCUGCACUACGAGGAGCUCCUACGGAGACGGUUGGGGAAGUAUCCGUACACGGUCAGCAUACGACCCCAGCAGCUGGUGGGCAAGUUACGUGUGGAAGUGAACAUCCUUGAGAAUUCGGGAAUUCAUUCUUUGGAAGUUCUGCCUCUCCAAAAUAACAAAGGCAAGGGAGCAGGGAGCACGGAAGGUCAAGCAGAUCACCCCACUCCACCCCCUUCAACCAUGGUUGGCCAGACAAAGACCUUAGCUAAAGUAACCUUCAGUCCCAACUUGGUCCAGCAAGCCAAGAUCGCAAGGAAUGGCAUGCUAGGAGACUUCACCAUCCAAUAUGAUGUUAACAGAGAAUUGAGUGUUGGAGAAGUCCAGGUUUUGGAUGGCUACUUCGUGCACUAUUUUGCCCCCAAAGAUCUUCCUGCGUUGCCGAAAAACAUUGUCUUUGUCCUAGACAGAAGCGCCUCCAUGGUGGGCACCAAAAUGAAGCAGACCAAAGAGGCCUUGUUCACCAUUCUCCAAGACCUUCGGCCUGAAGACCACUUCAACAUUAUUGGCUUCUCCAAUGAAAUCCAGGUCUGGAAAGAAGAGCAGUUGGUGCCUGUCACGUCCAACAACAUACGAGACGCCAUCUUCCACAUCCAUCGCAUGCCCCCUAAUGAAGGUACCAAUAUUAACGAUGCUCUACAGACCAGCGCCAAAAUCCUCAACGAUUACAUCACCCAAAAUGAAGCUGAAUCACGAAGCGCCUCCCUCUUGGUGUUCCUCACCGAUGGGCGUCCCACGAUGGGGGAGGUCCAGACGAGCAAGAUUGUCAGCAAUCUCAAGGAAGCCAUUCGCAACAGGUUCUGCGUCUUCACUAUCGGCAUUGGAAAUGACGUUGACCAACACUUGCUGGAGAGGUUGGCCCUGGAGAACUGUGGGAUGAUGAGGUUGAUCCAGGGGAAUGAGGAUGCUGCAACUCACCUUAAAGGAUUCUACGAUGAGAUCGGUACCCCACUUCUGUCGGACAUCCGGGUCGAUUAUCCUGUGGAGAGCGUGGAGCAAGUGACUCAGAAUUUCUUCCCCAACUAUUUCAAUGGCUCUGAAAUCGUCAUUGCUGGAAAACUCUUCAACAAGACGGCCCACAGCUUGCAUGUAGAAGUGACAGCCAGCAACAGUGACAAGCACGUCCUCCUGAAAACUGAUGUGGCCAUCGAUCUUUCCGCUCAGAACCUCCUUGAGGCGAGUUCUGUUGGACCACCGAACUUCUCAACUGAUCAAAACUACGUGGAGCGGGCCUGGAGUUACCUCACCAUCAAGGAACUGUUGACCUCCUGGUUGAAGAGCGACAACCGCAAGGAGAAGGCCUUUCUGAGGGAAAGGGCCAAGAAUUUGGCCCUGGCUUACAAUUUUGUCAUGCCCUUCACCGCUCUGAAGAUGAAGACCCUUCCAUUUCAGGUGGAACCCCCAUUGGAGGUCUACGCUGGUCCUUCAGCUGAAGGCGUUGGAGAAAUCGUGCAGGGCCUUCAAGGCCACCAGGUGCCCUCAGGCUCUAUUCCUGAAAAAUCAGAGGAGCCAAAAAUUAAUGUAACUAAAACUUCAGCGGAUGGUGACCCUCAUUUUGUCAUUGAUUUACCGCGGAGCGAGAUGACGAUCUGCUUCAACAUUGAUGGGCAACCCGGAGAUAUCCUUAGAUUAGUUUCGGAUCACAAGUACUCAGGAGUGACUGUCAAUGGUCAACUAAUCGGGGCACCCGCCCCACGGAACGGUCAUAAGAAACAGCGGACGUACUUCAAGAGCAUCACAAUUCUCAGCAACAAACCAGAAAGAUCCUACCUAGAAAUUUCACCUACCAAGGUCAUCUUGGAUGAUGACAAGAGGCUGGUCUUCCCCUGUGACCGCAACGCCGUGGUAGUGGGCAAGAAUUUCCAAGUGUCCAUCGUGGCCCACGCCAACAUCACCGUGGUCCUACACGAUUCCAUCAGUUUUGUCAUUCUGAUCCACCACUACAAGAACCCUGCCCGGUAUCAGAAGAAUCACUUGGGAUUCUACAUCUCUAACGGUCAAGGACUUUCCACAGCUUCCCAUGGGCUGAUAGGCCAGUUCUUGCACCAAGACAUUCAGCUGUUGACUGAGCCAUUCUCAGAAAAGUGUAGCCCGGACAACUGCCGUGAAAUAAAGUCUGGGGACUCAAACUCGGCGCACACCCUAAAGUUGAAAGGGCGUUUGGUGCCCGUCGUGUGGAAGCAGAGAAAGAUCUACAAUGGCAAACAGGAAGUGGAUUGCUGGUUUGCCAAAAACAAUGCAGAGAAACUAAUUGAUGGGGACUACAGAGACUACUUGGCCUCCCAUCCCUUUGACACAGGGACUAGCACCUUAGUGGAAAACAGACUUUGAAAAGAGGAAAAACUCCCUUGUGCUGUUCUCCGAGAAGAAUGUGCUUGCUCUCAAGAGAACUUUUAUGUUUUAACUAGGCUUUGUCAUUCUGAAGGGACACACUUUAAAAGUACAGG